AUGCCUCCAUCCACAAAGUCCUGCAAACCGGCUACUCGCACUACCAGGGCUACCUCUACAGACACUCGAACAACGGUCGACCCCUCUGCAGAUGAUCUUGCCGACAAGCUUGCCACCAAACUCUCCAUCUCAGACUCUAAAGCCAAGCCUAGGCCUGGCACUCUCCAAACAUCUCAGCAGGAGCGCAAGGCUGCCGUCAUGCGUGCCGUCAAUGCCGCAUCCAAGUCUCUCAACCCUCGUCGAUUCGGGAUGGAGGAUACUGCCACCUCUGCCCGCAAAGACCUUACCACUCUGCGAAACCUCAGUCCGGGCCAAGUAGACAUUGAGCGAGCAGCGUCGAGUAUCAUCGCCAAGCUCGUGACUCUUGAGAUGUACCACGCCGCCCUUGGCCUCCUCCAGGAUAUGCGUCAACCUCUCAUUGCCCUCUAUCACCCUGCGCCCCCUCCUCCUUCUGCGCCCUCUCCUCUCGACUUGCUCGCCCUCCCCCUCUUCGACCCACCCCUCUCAGAACUCCAUAUAAGUCUUACAGCUGCCAUGUCCACCCUCCCAGAGAAGCAAUGCGACCAGUUCUUUGCCCGCGCGUACACUAUCACCUCUCGCCUCGCAUUAACCCCUGCUCCCGCCUCAUCUGCUUACUCACUUCGGAUAUACUCGCUCCUCUGCCUCGCGCACACACGACCAUCCGUUGUCUCCCCUAACACAUUCUGGGAGCAGGCCGUCAAGUUCACCGCCAUGUUCACCAACACAGACUCGGUCUCUCCGGAAGGCACCGCUCAGUCCGUGUCCGACUCGUGCGCGAGGCUCGUUGCCGCCGUGGAGAACAGGCAGGAUUGCGCCGACUUCAUGGCCGGGGUCGCUUUCGCUCGGUUUUGCAAAUACUGGAGUCGCUUCACGAAGCAGGCGGGCGAUUUGCGCGCUCUCAAGCAAGUAGGCCGGCUCGUACAAUGUGGAAGCCACGAAUCCCAAGCAGAGGAAGACCGCACUGUCAUCGAAGCAUCCGCGCUGGCUAUGUCGCUCGCCCGCGCUCUCGCCGUGUUCGAGCAGUUGACUGAGCACGCGCCAGAUUUUGCGUCCAAGAUUAGCGAGUUCACUGUUGACAUCAAGGGUUGCGGGCCCUCGCUCGCACAGAGCGGUGGCGACCACGACCAGGUGAAGCGCGGGCUUGAGAGGCUGCGUCGAGCCGUAGUCAAAGUUGUCGAGCCAUUCCAGGAGUCAAGGACCUCUUUCGCGCCCGAAGUCAAGAGUUCUGCGAGAGCACUCUUAGAGCAGAUCGUGGACGUACAUUGCGAGGCAAUCACUCGGCGGGAUACGUUCUCAUCGAGCACGCUCACCCCUGCCCUGGAAAGCCUGUUCACCCUCGCGCGAACAUCAUUUGCAUUGAACAACCCAGACACAUACACCGUUGCGCAUUCCCAUCUUGCACGCGCCGCUGCUCUUCUCUCCGACCCACCUGCGUCUAGCUCAGUCUCCCAACUAGCACUCGCAAGUUACAUACGCUGCGUCGCGGGGGUAUACCACUACCUUGCGGGACAGCUGCAUCAAAGCGGACGCUAUGACCAUACAGUGCGCUUAGCGGACGAGGGCUGCCGUCUCGGUCAACGCGCGCUGCAGAUGUAUCACGCGGCCAAGAACGAUGCGAGCACAGACGUUGAUAGCGAGAGCAAGGGUAAAGAGGAGGCUUGGAAGCUGCUUGAGGAGCAGCUCUACAGACGGUGGGAGCUCUUGGCUGUGUGCCAUGCGAAGCCGGGCGACCGCAAGUCUGCGUACAAAGCGUUCCUCAACAGCGCCAGCGCCUUCCCCUUCACUCAGCACAAGUUGGUUGAGCUAGCACGCACAACUCCGUCCACCGUGCUCUUCGAGGUCUCCCCCGCGCUCAAGCAGCUCGGCGCACUCGUAGACCGCGUCACGUACAUCGCUUCGUGCGAACUCUUCCAAGGGCCCGAGGCUGUCUCCGCCUUAUUCUGGUUUGCUAUCGGCCCGUCUACAUUGAGCAAGGACGAUGUCGAUUGCGUCCUAGGUGCAAUUCUCGAGCGGCAGAUAAGCAGCCUGGAAGAGAGCAAAUGGAAGCAGGGCGUACAAAGUGUCUUGCGCCGGCUGAUCGAAGACGCGCUCGAGGUGUACACGGCGGAGCAACGUCCUGUGCGACGUGCGCGCGUCCUGCUCAAGAGACUCGAGCUGUCCUACCACUCCGGCUUGACGAGCACGGAGCAGAACGAAGAUGCAACGCAGUAUCAUGAGGAAGCCCAGAGCCUCCUCUCGCGCCAGGACUUUGCGCUUGACGGCGCCCUCGCCCAAUAUUCAUCCGAGUUCUCGGCCUCGCUCCAUCUUUGGCUUGCCGUCCACGCGCAUCGCACGCGGGACCCUGCACUCGCGCCCUCCGUCAUCUCUCACACAGAGGAGGCUUGCAAGAUCAUCCGCGCCUUGGUUCCCGCCCCCGUUCCUAGGUAUUCUGUCGGCUCAAGGCCGUCCCUCGGCGGUACUUCGAAAGCGCCGAAGAACAAGGUUGUCGAGCCUGCUCCCGCCGAGUCGCAACUUCCGCGAAGGAUGACGAGAGGCAAGACCGCCGCCACGAUGCGCACGAAGGCUGCCCCGCGUGCGACGAAGGCCAAGGCUCCACCCGUUACGCCAAGGAGACGGAGAGCGCUGGAUCCUGUUUCACUCAACGCGGCAGUUGUGACUCCUCCGAAAGCUGCUGCGACUGUCGGGAUCCAGGGCAAGAUCGAGUUUGACGACUUCUCAAAGUUCAUCGGGCUCAUCCGUAUGGUGUCUCAUCUGAUGGGAUUGGUCGGCCACAUCCUCGUCAGAGUGCAGCUACUCAACGCAGCUAGGCGAUUGAGCGAGAGGCAUACUGGCGUAGCUUCUGAAGUGUACGUCUCUUUGACGAUCGACACCGCGCACGAUGGCUCCCUAUCCCCGGACGUAGUGGUUGUCCUGUUGUUGCGGUACUCAGAGGCACUUGCAGCGUCCGGCGAAGUGCUCAAGGCCUCGAUGACAUACUGCGAUGCCGUCGCUGCUGCUGCCGACUGUAUAGUUGAGGAGAAAGGCUUGCCAACGGCGCAGCGCGUCCGUGUGCGGGCCGCACUCUUGGAGCGUGCCGCGCAAGCUGCGUUAUCAUAUGCCGCCGUCCAGGAUGCAAGGGACGAUCCUACGUCUUCCAUCGAGGGACUCAUGCAAGCGUUGCGUCUCUGGAACCGCGCUAUCGAUACGCUUUCCCGACUGCAGCCCUCGACACCGACGUCAAAGCAGCCUGCCGAGGACAAUCCAUUCGAAGUGACUGCUAAGCAGCCGGAAGAUUCCAGCCCUUCCAUCCAAGAGACGCGGAUACUCUCUCCUCGCGCCUCGAAAGCGCACGUCUUCGUAGACUCCUGCGGGUGGCGUCUGGCUGAGGGUCUGCUCUCGACCCUGUUGUCCCUUUCUCAGGCUUACGCAGCUCGCGGGUCGGCACGAGAAGCUGUGUUUUUCGUCCAGCAGAUCAAAGACCUCGCGGAAUCGUUGCAUGCCCCUGUUAUGAUUAGCCGCGCUCUUGCCCAACAUGGCGAACUUCAAAUACAGCUCGGUCAACUGCAGGAGGGUCAUCAGUCUCUCAUGCGCGCCGCAGAGCUCGUUAUGCAUCUUAAGGGACCGGACGCGGCUGAAAUCAGGCGGCUACAGGGCCGGUACAACCAGCUCAGCGCCGACUCAAAGGGCGCACGGCAAUAA